AUGUAUUUCGAUAAAUCAUACGCUCACAUCUUCACUACAUUGCUGCUACUCAUAGCUUUGACGAUAAGAAUAGACGCAUCACCGGCCCCAGGUCCGCCAGACGGUGGAACGGUAUGGAAUUCUGGGGAUCAAGUUACAAUUGCAUGGACAGAAAACAAAGUGUCUCCAUUAAUAUCAGACAUGUCGGGAAUUAACGUACAAUUGAUGACCGGAGGAGAUUUAUCACAAGUUCCUUUGGCAGAUAUCGCAACAGGACUUAGUACCAAUACAACUUCGGUAUCAUGGACGGUGCCGUCAUUGUCUUCUCUAGGAUAUCCCGCAGGAAAAAUUUAUUUUAUCAUGUUUUCGGAUUCAGCUAAAGCCGGUUCUGGAGUUAGUUGGUCAACGCGAUUCACUAUUUUGGAUGGAAAGACACCGGUUGUCACAUACAAUCCAUCAGCAUCAUUUACUAUUACAAAAUCUGGUGGCAGUUCACCAACAGAUGGAACCACCACCGUAAUCGUUACAGCAACACCAAAUGACACUACGACGACAACUUCCACGUCCACUUCAUCAAUUAGCAUAGUCACCAUAACAACAGGACUAGACACACCAACACAAAGUUCGGCAUUUACCGUUCAGACUGGAAUCCCUAUUCAACAAAAUUCUAGUGUACAAAUACAACCAAACAUGCAUGUUAUUAAUAUUGCAUUAACGUUACUAUUACUGUUUGCUAGUGGUUGGGGAUGA